CCAGAGGCUGGAAAAGAUAAAAUAGAAGCCCAACUGAUUCGCUAUUCUGGCAAAAAGUACUUGACGAAUUUUCCAACUCUAGAUGAAAUAGUUAGAGAAAAUGGUGAUGAGGGAUUGUCUGCAAUUCUUGAAAAUGAAAUAGCAAAUUAUCGUGAUAUUCCAUUUAUGGCUAUUGAGAAUGAAGGGUUAACAGAAAAGAUAAAUGGAACUUAUCACUAUGUAUUGCAUCUUUAUGGUCGCCUUAUUAAUGGCCAAAAGGCACUGGUAACUCUUAUAGGCAUUCAGAUUUUCUUUGACAUUCGCGUACCAGAUGGAGAAACUCCAGAUGAAUGCAAAGAAAAGAGAAAGAGAGCCAUCAAAGCUGUUCAAGAUAAUAAUUUCGAAACUGCUUCAGAUGAUUUAUAUUCAUUCCACCGAAAGGUGGCUUGA